UAGGAGAUUGGCGAGUUGCUUGAUCGAGAUUGGCGAGUUGCUUGAUCGAGAAAUGCAUUGUUGGGAUUUGUUGUGAUGUCAAUCACAGUCAACGAUUUCGUAGAAGGUCGUGGACCUGCGAGGUUUGAUUUUCCGAUGUCUGGUUUCGCCAUUCUAGCUUUGUUGGUUAUUGAGAUGGAAGUUGUACCAAUUGUGUUUGAUCCGUGUGGAACAACGGUGGUUUGGGAUCUGAAAGGGGCGAAAUUGGACCCCAAUCAGCUAGGCGGGCGAUCGGCACGAUGGUUUUGGCCAAAUCAGUGGGUAGCCGCUUGGGUCUGUUUGUUAGUCAUGAAGGAUAGAUGGUUGAUGUGGCAUGAAGAAUUCUCAAUCCAGAUGAAGGAGAAAGAAGACGAGAAGAUAAUGAUUCGUCCCCCUCCUGAACCGCCGCAAUGGGAGAAUUGUGCGCCUAGAGUUCGGAAGAAUGUUUUACUUGUUCUAUUUUGUUAUUUUCAGUCCAGACUGUUUUAUAAUUUCUAUUUUAAUAUUUUUAUGACAAACAAUAAGGAGGCUAGGUUGAUGUUUUUAUUUGUUUUAGUUGAUAGCUUUCUGUAUGGAGGCAAUCAGGCUGAUUCAGCCGCUAAUAGCCUCAAAGGUCUCACAUUUUCAGCGAUUAGUCUCGCUCUUUUUGGGGUGGACUAUUCUAUGUCUGAUCUAGGAGUGAGGGAGCCGCUGGGUUUUUGGUCAUUUUGGGUUAAAGGGAGUUACUUUUUGUUUACAAUUUUCCUGAUUGUACUGUGAGUUUGAAUUUAAUAUAAUAUGCCACUUUCCG